AUGGCGAGCAUCGACCGCAACCCCAAAGACUCGAUGAAGUCAACCUGGCGCACCGCCGACCGCAGCCAGUGGAACCUCGCCCACUGGUUCUACGAGCUCUUCGACCUGCACCUCGUCGACCUGGCCACGCCGGUGCCCGUACACGCCAAGAGCGACAAGAUGCCGUACGUGCCCGAGCUCGUCAUGCACCGUUGGAUCCUCACGCACGCCGUCGUGCCCGUCGCGGUGCAGCAGGCCUACUACAUGUACACGGGGCACAACCUGGGCGUACUCCCCACCCUGAUUCUCUACUCGGCGGCGUUCAAAUUCAACGCCAUCCGGCAGCUUAAGACGAUGCGCGUCAUGGGGCAGCAGGUCGGCUUCCUCGACGGCGACGAGCACGAGCGCGACGGCAUCCCGGAUGUCGGCGUCCUCAAGGUCUUUCUCUCGCUCGUCUACACGUCCAUCUCGCGCCCCGUCUUCACCGUGCUGCUCAGCUACCGCGCCGCCGUCGCGCCGCAGGACAUCAACUGGGCGUGGCUGCCCGUCGAAAUCGGCUUCUAUAGCAUCAUUCUCGACUUUUGGUUCUACUGGUACCACCGGCUGAUGCACGAUGUCUCGUUCCUCUGGAAGUUUCACCGCACCCAUCACCUGACCAAGCACCCGAACCCGCUCCUGACUCUCUAUGCCGAUACGGAGCAGGAGAUUUUUGACAUUGCUGGCAUCCCCAUCAUGGCGUGGGUUACGAUGAAGCUGAUGGGAUUCCCCAUGAGCUUUUACGAGUGGUGGUUCUGCCACCAGUACGUCGUCUUCGCCGAGCUUGCUGGCCACAGUGGUCUCCGUCUGCUGGCCACCCCCCCGAGCACGUUUACUUGGAUCCUCAAGAUUUUCAAGGCCGAGCUUGUCAUCGAGGACCAUGACCUGCACCACCGGAAGGGGUGGAAGAAAAGCGGCAACUACGGCAAGCAAACCCGCCUGUGGGACGUCAUCUUUGGCACCUGCAAGGACCGUAUCGAGACCAAGAUGGACCAGGUUGAUUGGGACACUGCGAUUGGUAUGCCUGCAUUCUAG